CGACAGUGUCAAAAGCUGCACUGAAAUCCAACAGAACCAGCACCGUGGUUCUCCCACAGUCCGUAUUUAUAUGGAUAUCAUUGAAUACUUUUACGAGGGCAGUCUCCGUGCUGUGGUGAGCACAAAAACCAGACUGGAAAGUGUCAAAGCAGUUGGUCAACAUGAGGAAACUGUUUAAUUAUUUAAUAAUCUGUAUCAUUAUUUCUAUAGAGAACAUUCAAGCUUCAAAAGUAGUAUAUUACAAGCUAAGUGAAACUACCAAUCAAGUCCAACAUUCCUGUAAUCAUCCAGAUUAUUCAGUAAGUUGGUUGGUUGGAGAGAUGAUGGCAACACAAGCUUUAAAUGAAUGCAUUUUUCUUACAAGUCUCUGGAUUUGUACAUGUAAAUGGAGGGCUAUUCCUUUAGUUCCUGUUACUAUAUUGAGAAUAAGCCAAAAUGAUAAAUCUAAGUACUAUGUGGUUAUGAUGGGUGUGGUUCCUCAGCCGGUGGUCACACAGACAAAAGGUUGAUUUGUUGUCAGCUGUCGAAAAGCAGACUGGUAGGCAAAAUCUUUCUGAUAUAUUGAAACAGCUUUUUGCCUGAUAUUUUUGUGCAGUUUGUUUGUUGAUUGGGAUUUUCAUCUAAUGCAAACUUCCCCAGGUUAUUAAGAGAUCUCACAUGUGAGAACUUGGUAGGCCACACCCUGUUUAACAUUUGGUAACACUGAUUAAAAAAACAGGCUGUAGAUACGUCCUCAGCCCAUAUCAACAGGCUGAGGCGUCCUUCUGAUAUCGGGGCCUCAGCACGGGAGGAACCACACAUGCUUUCAGAAACAAGAUGUCUCUCUGCUGCACCAUGUUACUGAAUAACAACUUGAAUCCAUUUAUUGUUGUCCUGCAUGAGCAAAACUAACUCCUUUAACAAAAGAGAGGUGGAUCAUUCAUCAGCAGGCAAUAAAUCCAUUUGUCAAUAACACGAGAUAUCAUCAAGCUGGAAUAGAUGUUCACAACAAAUAUUGACACACUGACAUGUUAUGCUGGUAGAUCUACUAUUCUAUUUCAAUAAAUUGAGAUGGAAAAACAAUUACUUAUAUUUGCAAAUUACAAAAAUUGGGAUAUUGAAAAGCCCAUUUAUUUCAGAAAUAUCACUAAGUGAAACUUUACUUAGAUUAUAGACAGAAAUUGUUUGAAACCCUUUAUUUUUGUUAAUUAUGAUGAUUUUUGACUUGUAGGUAAUGAAAACAAUUUAAAAGUAGAGUUUUACAUCAGACCAAUAAAAAGCUAUUUAAAACAAAAAAUGUGGAAUUAGUAAAAAAUAUGUUUAAAGGUUAUUUUUGAAAGACAUCUUUUAUCUGACAAAACUUAUUGGCACAUAUAUUGUAAUUUAUUGAAUAUCAUAAAUUUCUUAAAUGUGAAAUUUUUCUAACUUCUUGAGCUAUUCUGGUGUAUUAACUAGAAACAUAUGUUAUCUGUGUUGACAUUUUCAGCAGAAGUAUACCUGAUAGAGUUCUGGAGAAUUGGGGAUUUCCUGGGGGUCUCUGAUAGUAGUCUGUUUUUGGUCAGCAUAAAGUUCAUACCCCUUUAGUACUAGUAAACACCCAAUCAACAUUCAGUAUACCAAUGAGCCGACAAGUGCGAGCCCAUUGGUUUUAGCGGUCAAAUUGUCUAAUCUUAAUUGUAUUCUUCAAAAGAAAAAGGAUCGAUGCGUUUUGCUAACUAUGACCACGAGAAAACAAGGUCUAUGAUUAUCACAUGUCACAGAUGAACACCAAAACAAUAUGAAGAAAGUGGAAAACUGACUGCAGAUACAUAAAAAACAGAUAUGGAACGCAAAAGGAACAAAAUGGAAGAGCAAACGCAACUCAUGAGCCAAGUAGCUGAAGAUGUUAAGGAUCUUAGGGAAAAUAUGAGAAGAGAGAAAGGCAGAAUCAAAUAUUUGAAGAAAAAAGUGAGGCCUAACAUGCAGAGAGUAAUUUUUGAACCAGAUGAAAUCAGCGAAAUGUUGCAUAUGAUUAGAGAAGACACAAAACUUUGCAAGAAACACUUUUUUGAAGAAAAGACGCAAAUUAAAUGGAUGAGUUUUCAGGCUGAGAAAAGGAGAAAAAAGCUUGACCAGAAGUUGGAGAAAAUAAUUCAAGAAGGUGAUCAGUUAGACAUUCUGAAGAAAAAAAUGGACCAGCAAAGACAAGAGACUGAAAAAAAAUGGAAAGAAAUACUGACUUUACUUUUGAUUUCAGAAAAAAUAAAAAUUAGUUUAGAAAAAUCUACUGAAGAAAUUAGAAGCACAAACCAGGAAAUGCUCAAAAGCCAACAGAACAUCAGAAAGAGCAAUGAAGUAAAAACAUACAUGGACAGGCUGACAUGCAUAAAGAACCAGAUCAACAAAUGGAAAUUGACACAGCCUCCAUUUACUUUCGGACUUCUGAAAGAAAAACUUGAAUGCACCCAUAAAGAAGAAAUUCUCACUGACAAAGCAAAAAAAUCAGCUGCAGAAAAAAAUCCUUUGGAGAACAUUACAACAUCAGAAGGUUAUGUAAUGGCAGGAAAGACAGAAAUCCAUGAGAAAUUUUUUAAACAUAUUAGUCAGAGAAAAUCAUUUCCACAAGAAAUACCAGCAUUGGAAAAUCAGAUAUAUACGCUAAAUGAGCAAGAGGAAGUAUUGGUGCAAAUAAAAACAAAUACUACAAAAUUACAAGAAAAAACUCAAAAGAUGAAAAGUAUUGUCACAGAAUUAGAUGAAAUACAGUGUCAGAAGGAAGAUGCUGAAGUUAUAAUCAGGAAAAUGGGGACUGUAGAAAGUACAUUGCUACAGGAAGUACAAAAGAGGGAUUUUCUGAUGGAGAGAACAAAUGCUUUUAGGGAACAAAUUAUGCAGACUGACCUGGAAGAUCAGUCAAAAACUACUAAUGUUGAGCAAAAACCUGACAAAAUGGAAAAGUGGAAAGAAGAUCCCCAGGCACUUGCUAAAGAGAUACAAGUGUGUUCUGAUGGAAAGUAUCUUCGACUCAGAGAUUUACAAAGUCUCUGGGCUGAGAUAUAUAAAACACAGCAAGUCAUAAAAUGUCUCAAACCAGAAAUUGAGUGCCAAGAUGGAACAGGUAAUGAGACCAAAGACCUUGUUGAUAAUGACAUCAAGGGACUACUGCAAGAUCUCAGACAGUUUCAGAAGCUUUUGGAAACUGAAAUGGGCCAGAAGAAACAGAAUCUCAAUGUAGAUACAUGCAUUCAGAAAAGUACAAUGAAGAAAAAGAGAAGAGAACUGGAUCAUAAAAUGGAGAAUAUCCUACGAGAGAAGGAUGAACUAGAAAUUCUGAAGACACAAAUACAAAGAAAAUCUGAGGGGACUCAGCGGCAGUUGGAAAAGAUUCUAAAAUGUCAAAAUGACAUUGAAAAAAUAGCUGGUAAAGCCAAGGAGAAAAGCAAAGUAAUAAUGUGUAAUAUGAAAAAGACUGAUGCUAGUGUAAGAAUGUUUGAAGACCUAAACAAGAAGAUCGAGGCUUCAAAACAACACUGGAACAAAAUCUACUUUUCAACCUCUCAGCAUAAAGCUUUAACUGAAAAACUAAAGACUGAACUUGGAAAUGAAAACGAAAGAGAAUCUCUAUUUGAAAGAGAAAACAGAAAGAAAUAUGAAAAAUUGGUAAGGGACAAAUCAUUCACAAGUAAAAAAGCAAAACAAGCUGAAGAAACAUUUGAAGAAUUCUUAGUGCUCACACCACAUCAAAAAAGACUGAUUGAAGAAAUAAAACUGGUUAUAAAUCAAUGUAAUGACAGAAAAUGUAAUAGAGAGGUGCAAAACCUUGAACUAAGUGAAAAAGUGGUACAAGAGAUAUUAAGAAAGGUAAGUGAGAUGUUGGUACAAGAGACUGAGGGACAGAAUGGAAAACUGUCACAAAUGAAAAUUGAACAGAAUAAAAAGGCUUUGUUAAGUGAAACAAAUAAAAGACAAAAACAGCAUAUGACUGAAGGGCAAGACAGCAUUAAAUGGACUAGAGAAAUAGGAGAAUUGGAGGUGCUGAAUACUGAGCUGGAAAUCAAAAGAAAAGGAAAUAAGGCUAUUUUAAAACAAAUGGUGAGAGAGAGGGGAAAGAAUGAAAGAGUGAUGAAUAAAAUAAAAGAAGCAAAGAUAUUAUUUAAGAGGGAAGAACAAAGAAGGAGAAGAGAACUAGACCAAAGACUGGAGAAAAUCAGAAGAGAGAAGGAUGAAUUAGAGAUGUUGAAAUUAAAAUUGAGACAACCAAAGGUAGCAAUGUUCCGUGACAACCAAAAUGUGCAAGACCAGAGGACAGUUGUCUGUGUAUCGAGUGAAUAUGAACAAAAGGAUUUGGAAAAGAAUGGGUGUAAAAUCACAAACACCCAAUAUGAAAUGGUACCCAUAUCACCAAGACUUAGAAGUAGCAUCGAUAAUAUUCAAGACCUCGGAGUAAAGAUCUAUGGCUAUUUAGAAACAGGGAAAAGUGAAAUAUGUCAAUUUCUCAAGUAUCAAAACAUUGAUUUAGAUAAAAAGAGAGAUGAACUCAUAGCAAUAACAGCUGAGAACAACAUUGUAAAAGAAAACAUAACCAGAAUCAAAUUCUUAAUAAGAAUGGUUAAAAUUACGAAACAAGCUACAGGGAAUGAGGAUGAAACAUGGAAACUAAGGAAGGAUACGCAUAAGAAGGAGUUUGGGAUCAAAUCGUUGACAACUAAACAAAAAGCACAAAAGCGAAAAGCGUUAAUGACUGAAAUGGUGACUGAGGAAACAAAACAUCAGAAACAGAAAAAAAGAAAGCAUGCUAAAGACCCCUGUGGAGAUAUGAAUAAAAUGAAAACAACAGAAAAUCUCAAAAAACACGUGAAAGCACAAAUGGAAACUUUUCAGGUACGGAUGAAACAGAUAAAUUUGAAAAACAUAAAAAAAGGCAUAGAGUUAUGUAAAAUUCAAGCAACUCAUAGAUUUCUUUCAAACAUGGAUAUGCAAUUAGAAGAAAAUAGCGUGAAAAUGCUGAACCUGAUAGAUAUUAUAACAAAUAUAAAAGAAAGGAUAAUACGACAUGAAAACCAACUCACUGCAAAAAUGAAAGACAAUAUGGAAAUAACAAAGACCGAAAUAAACCAGAAAUUAGAAGAAGCCAACGGCUCAUUGGCAGAAAACUACAAAGAGAAAAUCAAGCUCGAUAUCAUCACACAAGGCAAAAUUCUGCAACAAGAAAAACAAGAUACUCAAGAAGAAAGACAGAGAUUAAACAUCACAAAUGCUGAACUCAACCAGAAGGCAGAAGAAACCAGCAGUUGCUUGAUUAGGAAUGACAUCCAGACACAAAGUGAAAUAUUACAACAACACAAACAAGACAUUCAACAACAUAAGCAAGAGUUGGAAAGCACAAUGGUGGAACUGCACAAGAAAACAGAAGAAACCAAGAAUCUCUUUGAUGGAAUCAACAAAGAGAAAUCUAAACUCAAAGAUGUCAACCUUAAUCUGAAAACACAAGACGAUAAACUGAAGGUUCUCAUUGACGCAAUCAGUUCAAAACUACAAGAACCAGAAGGAAAAGGCCCAGAAAUUCACACAAAAACACCAAAUUUAGAACUGUGUAGGAAAACAUUACAGAUGAAAAAACAAGAGCUGAUGGUUUUGAUGAAAAAUGUGAAUAGCUUGAAGGAAAGUCUCAAAGAUUCCAUGAGCAGUGUCCAUAAAGGUAUAGAACAAAUGAUUUCCAUGAAGAAGAAUAUUGGAAACGACAGAGAGAAACUAUCAAGUGAAAAGAAUCGCCUCCAAAGAGAAUUGUCAGAGUGCAAAAUGAGACAAGAUAAACUCUUGGAUGUAAUGAAGUCAAAAGCAAACCUAAGACUAACACUUCAAGGAGUAAAAGACAAAGUGUGUGACUUGACCAACAUUAAAAUGAGGAGAUUACACAAAUGUCAUAAAGAUGCACAGUUACUAUGUAUUUCAAUGGAGAAAAAUGUUUCAACUAUUGGUGACCAGAUGAAAACUUUAACUCCAUACAAAGAGGUAGCUGAAAGAGAAAAGAUCAAUCUAACAUCCAUCACUAUUUCCAUGAGGAAUGAGAGAAAAUUGAUGGGUCGUCAAUGGAAAGAAAUGGUUGACCGGGAUAAAAAAGACCUAAACAAAAUGACGGAAGAACUGAAACGGAAAACACAGAAUCUGGUAAGAGUGACUGACAGAGUAGACAAAAAAGAGGCUUUAGAAGUGAUGAUGACCAAUAUCCAGAAACAGCGUGCAGUACUGCAACAAGAAAAACAAGAUAUUCAAGAAGAAAGAGAGAAUAAACAUUACAAAUGCUGAACUCGACCAGAAGGCAGAAGAAACCAGCAGUUGCUUGGCAGAGAUCAACAAAGAGAAAAUGAAACUUAAACAUUUGUCGGUUUCAGUCCAAAGAAAUCAUGAAAGACUUCAAGACAUCAUGAACACGAUUGCCCUACAACAGCAAGGCAGAGAAAGCAAAGAUCAUCUGUUCCAAACACAAACACAGGAACUACAAUCGAAAAGGCUUCAACUACAGAAAGAUAAGAAGAGAUGAAACUUUUGACGACAGCUGUGAAUAAGAUGAGAGAGUGGAUUAAAGCUGCAAUGAUCACCGCCCAAAAGGAAAAGCAACUAGUGGAUUAUAUGAGGAUGCGCAAGGCAGAAGAAGAAAUGCUCUCAUCCAGAAUAUAGAACUUGACAGAGAGAGGCCCGGGUUGACACCAAGAGAGGACAGCGGCUUGGACAAAAGUCAAAUAACAGAACCUCAACAAGGACAGAUCCAACACAUAAAAGAGAAACUAAGUGAAAA